AUUACCGUAGUCACCACUCUUCAGGAGUCUUCAUGUAGACUUUGAUCCGCUGAACCAGCCAGAUUCACACAGUCCAGAAGCUCCUGGAACAUAAAGAGCAUUUCUCAGCUUUAACUGCCUUUAACUUCAGAUUCAAGCAGCAGAAUGGACAUCUCUCUUUCGAGGCUGCUGUUGUUUCUGGUCUUGCUGAUAGCGCUGCUGUCCUGUGUUUCUGCUGUAGACAAACUCAACAUGUGUAUGGAUGGAAAACACCAGAUAUCAGAGCCCAGACCGGAGGGACAGCUGUAUCUGCAGUGUUCUCCGUGGAAAGAUAACGCCUGCUGCACGGCAAACACCACAGAAGAAGCUCAUCAGGAUAAUUCAUACCUGUACAACUUCAACUGGAAUCACUGCGGCAUUAUGAGCGACAAAUGUAAGGAGCACUUCAUUCAGGACACUUGUUUCUACGAGUGCUCGCCGCACCUGGGGCCCUGGAUUCAGCAGGCGAGCGAGUCGUGGCGUAAGGAGCGUAUCGUGGACGUGCCGCUGUGUCUGGAGGACUGUAAGAGCUGGUUUGAGGACUGUAAGGAUGAUUACACCUGUAAAGAGAACUGGCACAAGGGCUGGGACUGGAGCUCGGGCACUAACCGCUGUCCGCACGACUCUCACUGCAGCCGCUGGACGGAGAUCUUCCCCAGCGCUCAGGACAUGUGUGAGAAGAUCUGGUCAAACUCCUACAAGUACACCACGCUCACCAAAGACAGCGGCCGCUGCAUGCAGAUGUGGUUCACGGGUCCGAACCCCAACAGAAAGGUGGCUGAGUAUUACCUGAACGGCAGUCCGGAGACGGUUGCUAUGGCAACAGGCCUGCAGGUGUAUGUGCUGCUCAUGAUGCUGCUGCGCUGACCGGAUCACAAUCACACCUGAGAAUAAACAUCUAAAGACCAACGCAA